GCUGCGCAUAAAUACUCCUCCCUCCGAGGAUGAGUUCAGUCCUGAGGGAGAGACAGAGACGAAAUUAGGUUUUAGGGAAUCUCUGGUUAGGGCGGAUUAUGAACGCUUUUGGACACCAACCAUCUAACCAGCAGACCAGUCCUAUUCAGCACCACAGUGCUCAGGAGAUCCUGGACAUGGCCGUGUACUGCGACAACUACGGUGUGUACCAACAGAACCUCCACCACCAUCACCCCCAGAGGCCGCCGACGCACACCUCCAGCUACGGCCUCGGAGAGUACACCUCCCCGUCCACCAACCCGUACCUAUGGCUGAACGGACCCAGCAUCAACUCCUCUCCUUAUCUUUCCGGGAACAAUGGCACGUCCUAUAUUCAGUCUGGAUACGGGUCCAACCAGAGGCAGUUCUUACCGCCGCCCACCGGGUUUGGUGCAGCAGAUCUGGGGUGGCUGUCCAUAUCCAGUCAGCAGGAACUCUUCAAGAUGGUCAGACCACCUUACUCCUACUCAGCUCUGAUAGCGAUGGCCAUACAGAACACCCAGGACAAAAAGUUGACUCUAAGUCAGAUCUAUCAGUAUGUAGCUGACAACUUUCCUUUCUACAAGAAGAGCAAAGCUGGAUGGCAGAAUUCAAUCCGCCACAAUUUGUCACUGAACGACUGCUUCAAAAAAGUGGCACGGGACGAGGAUGACCCCGGUAAGGGAAACUACUGGACGCUGGACCCAAACUGUGAGAAGAUGUUCGACAACGGGAACUUCAGGCGAAAGAGAAAAAGGAGAGCUGACAUAAACGGGGCAGACAGCACCGCACUCCCAGUCAAGUCAGAAGACGGCCCGCACAAGCUCUCCGACACCGCCAGCCUCCUGAGCUCCUCCCCGCCCAGCCUGCACGGAUCUCCGGCCUCCACGGAGUCCAAGUCGUCCCCGUCUCCGUCCGCGGAGCACAGCCCGUGUUACAGUAACUUCGUUUCCAGCGUGAACUCGCUGCUGUCGGCCAGCAGCACCGAGGGCUCCCGGGGCGGGGAGCGGGACUACGGCUCCGGGCAUCUCGGGGGGCUGUCUCAGACCAGAGAGGGCAUGUCCGGACUGGGCUCCUACUCGCCCAAUUUAAUCUCUCCCCUGAACUCUGACAGCAACAGAAUGAACUAUUACACAUCAGUACAGAGCCUCUCCAACCAUUUUAGUGUUAAUAACCUCAUAUACAGUCGGGAAGGAACAGAGGUGUAGACUGUGUGUCUUUGUCAGUGCUGGGCUGCUUACCGAAUAAGUAAUGUAUCUCUCAUUGUUAGCCUUACCUUUUUUUUAGUAGCCUACUGUUAAUACAUUUCUCAUUUUAUGGUGUAGUAGGCAUCAUUGUAAAACUAGCACUGGAAAUUAACUGGUAGGUCUAUUUCUUUCCACAACAACCCUUCCUAACUGGGGAAAUAUAAAUUAGGUUUAUUGAAAAGGAAUAUUCAUGUUUAUUUUCUGCCACUUAUCCAUUACGGUGUUUCCAUACUAGUGCAACAAACAUGUUUAUUUGUAGUAAAUUAUUCAAUUCACAAAUCAGCUCAUGGAAAUAUAUCCUUAAACUGAUGGGUACUUACUUUACUUAUCUUAUACAUUGUAGCUGCUUGGUCGGGCGACUCCCUGUCUCAAAGAAGAAGAAGACAAAUGUACAGAAAUUAUUUUCAUAAGAAGUUAUGACAUGUAUUUUAGACUGAAUUGUGUUCUGUGUUUAAACUAAAGUCGAUGUUUGAAUAAAAGUCAUUUAUUUUAA